AUGACUCUGCCCCAUACCCCCGGAAGUGGGGGGGACCCUCAGCCCCGCCAGGCCAUGGAGGUCCACAGGCUGGAACACCGGCAGGAGGAGGAGCAGAAGGAGCAGCGGCAGCACAGCCUGCACAUGGGCUCCUUGGUGCGCAAGCGGACCUUCCGCAGCAGUGAGGAAGAGUACCAAUUCACGGCCGUGGACUACGCCCUCGCUGCAGCCCUGGCUCUGACAGCUUCCUCCGAGUUGUCUUGGGAAGCCCAGCUGAGACGCCAGACUUCCAAGGUGGAGCUGGAGGAGCGCGGGCAGAAGCGGGUGGGCUUCGGCAAUGACUGGGAAAAGACUGAGAUUGCUUUCCUGCGGACACACCGGAUGCUGCGCCAGAGGCGUGACCGGAAGGCGCUGAGACGGCGGAUGGAGGAGAAGGUCCAGGAGGCCAAGGAGCUAAAGGAGCUGUGCUCAGGCCGGGGGCCAUGGUUCUGGAUACCUCUGCGCUCCCACGCUGUCUGGGAGAACGCCAAUGUCCUGCUGACCUGCACCAUCUAUGCCUCGCCACCACCCCAGGUCACCUGGUACAAAAAUGACAUGCGAAUUGAUCCUCGCCUCUUUCCAGCUGGGAAGUACCGGAUCACCAACAACUACGGGCUGUUGACCCUGGAGAUUAGGAGAUGUACCCUUGAGGACUCAGCCACCUACACUGUGAAGGUGAAGAAUGCCUUUGGCCAGGCCUCCUCCUUCGCCAAAGUCCUUGUCCGCACUUACCUGGGGAAGGAUGCUGGCUUCGAUUCAGAGAUCUUUAAACGAUCGAUGUUUGGACCCAAAGUGGAAUUCACAUCAAUGCUGAAGCCAAUCUUUGCCCGUGAGAAGGAGCCCUUCUCUCUGUCCUGCUUAUUUUCGGACGAUGUAUUAGACGCUGAGCAGAACAUCCAGUGGUUCCGAGAUGGGAAGCUGCUGAGGUCCUCAGGUCGACGACAGGUUCUCUAUGAAGACCGCCAGGCAUCCCUGAAGGUGUUCUGCGCCUACAAGGAGGAUGAGGGGCUCUACACGAUCCGGGUGUCCUCACCCCGCGGGUCCCAGGAGCAGAGCACCUAUGUGCUUGUGAGAGAUGCUGCACCUGAAAAUCCAGGGGCCCCAGGGGCCCCACUGAAUGUUCAGUGCCUGGAUGUGGACAAGGACUGCCUCAUUCUGACCUGGGCCCCACCCAGUGACACCCGGGGCAGCCCCAUCACUGCCUACUCCAUCGAGAGGUGCCAGGGUGACUCCAAGGAAUGGGUGCCCUGCCAUGAGGCCCCCGGAGGGACCUGUCGGUGCCCAAUCCAAGGCCUUGUCGAAGGCCAGAGCUAUCGGUUUCGGGUGAGAGCCAUCAACAGGGCAGGCAGCAGCCUCCCCUCCAAGGCCUCAGAAGCUGUUGUCAUGGGUGACCGUGAUGCAGCCCAGAGAAAGACAGAGAUCCCCUUUGAUCUGGGAAACAAGAUCACGGUCAGCAUGGAUGACUUUGAAGAUGCUGUGAUCAUCCCCUCACCCCCAACCAAUGUCCACGCCAGUGAGAUUCGAGAGGCCUACGCGGUUCUGGCCUGGGAGGAACCGAAACCCCGGGGCAAAGCCCCACUGACCUAUUCCCUGGAGAAGUCAGUCAUAGGCAGUGGCACCUGGGAGGCCAUCCACUCAGAAAGCCCUGUGAAAUCUCCGAGAUUCGCCCUUCUGGAUCUGGAGAAAGGAAAGUCAUAUGUCUUCAGAGUGCGGGCAAUGAACCAGUAUGGCCUAAGUGAUCCCUCGGAGCCCAGCGAGCCCAUCGCCCUGAAGGGCAAGCCAGCUACCCUCCCUCCUCCAGCUCAAGUUCAAGCUCUCCGAGACACACAGACCUCUGUCUCCCUGACCUGGGAUCCUGUGAAAGGCGGCCCAGAGCUCCUGGGUUAUUACAUCUACUCCCGGGAGGCAGGGUCAUCUGAGUGGCAAACAGUUAACAACAAACCCAUCUUGGACAACAAGUUCACAGUUCCUGGGCUGAGGACAGGGAAAGAGUACGAGUUUUGUGUCAGGUCAGUCAGCGAGGCUGGUGUAGGCGAGAGCUCAGCCGCCACCGAACCCAUCAGGGUGAAACAGGCCCUGGCUACCCCAUCUGCCCCAUAUGACUUUGCCCUCCUGAACUGCGGGAAGAAUGAAAUGGUCAUUGGCUGGAAACCCCCCAGGCGUCGUGGAGGUGGCAAGAUCCUGGGCUACUUCCUGGACCAGCAUGACUCUGAGGAGCUGGACUGGCACGCAGUCAACCAGCAGCCUGUCCCCACCCGGGUCUGCAAGGUCAGUGAUCUUCGAGAAGGCCACUUCUAUGAGUUCCGUGCCAAGGCUGUAAACUGGGCGGGUGUUGGCGAGCUGUCAGCACCCAGCAGUCUGUUUGAGUGCAAGGAGUGGACAAUGCCCCAGCCAGGUCCCCCAUAUGAUGUGCAGGCAACCGAGGUGCGGGCCACCUCCCUGAUGCUACAGUGGGAGCCCCCACUCUACACGGGGGCUGGGCCAGUCACAGGUUACCACAUCAGCUUCCAAGAGGAAGGCUCUGAGCAGUGGAAGCCAGUCACUUCAGACCCCGUCUCUGGCACCCACCUACGGGUUUCUGACUUGCAGCCAGGAAAGAGUUAUGUGUUCCAGGUGCAGGCCAUGAACUCAGCAGGUCUGGGGCAGCCGUCUCUGCCCACGGAUCCUGUGCUUCUGCAGGACAAGCCAGAAGCCCGGGAGAUCGAGGUCGGUGUGGAUGAAGAGGGCUUUAUCUACUUAGCUUUCGAAGCCCCGGAAGCUCCUGACUCCUCAGAAUUUCAGUGGUCCAAAGACUACAAGGGUCCACCAGACCCCCAGAGGGUCAAGAUUGAGGAUAAAGAUAACAAGUCCAAGGUUAUCCUGAAGGAACCUGGCCUUGAGGACUUGGGCACCUACUCAGUGGUGGUCACCGAUGCGGAUGAAGACAUCUCAGCAAGCCACACGCUGACUGAGGAAGAGCUAGAGAAACUGAAGAAGUUGAGUCACCAGAUCAGAAACCCAGUGAUCAAACUCAUCUCCGGCUGGAACGUUGACAUCCUCGAGCGAGGAGAGGUGCGGCUUUGGCUGGAAGUAGAAAAGUUAUCUCCAGCAGCUGAGCUGCAUCUAAUCUUCAACCAGAAGGAGAUCUUCAGCUCCCCGCUCCUGCCAGUUUCUCCCUCUGUGUUCACAGAUUUUGACCAACUUCUGAGGAAGGCAGAUGCUAAGAGAAGAGACUGGAAGAGAAAACAGGGUCCCUAUUUCCAGGAGCCUUUGCAAUGGAAGAUCACGGAAGACUGCCAAGUGCAGCUGACCUGCAAGGUGACCAACACCAAGAAGGAAACUCGCUUUCAGUGGUUCUUCCAGAGGAUGGAGGUGCCAGAUGGUCAGUAUGACCCAGAGACUGGAGAAGGACUUCUCUGCUUCGAAGAGUUUUCCAAAGAGGAUAAAGGAAUUUACAGAGCGGUGGUUUCUGACGAGCGAGGGUUAGAUGACACCAUACUGGACCUCACAGGGGAAGCUCUGGAUGCUGUCUUCACUGAGCUGGGCAGGAUUGGGGCCCUCUCUGCCACCCCGCUGAAAAUCCAGGGUACUGAGGAAGGGAUCCGGAUCUUCAGCAAGGUCAAGUACUACAACGUGGAGUACAUGAAAAGCACCUGGUUCCACAAAGAGAAACGCCUCGAGAGUGGUGAUCGAGUGAGGGCAGGCACCACCCUGGAUGACAUCUGGCUCCACAUCCUGGACCCCAAAGACUCAGACAAGGGCAAAUACACUUUGGAAAUAGCUGCCGGGAAGGACGUCCGGCAGCUCUCAACGGAUCUCUCGGGGCAGGCUUUUGAUGACGCCCUAGCUGAACAUCAAAGACUGAAAGCCUUGGCGAUCAUUGAGAAGAAUCGUGCCAAAGUGGUGAGGGGUCUGCCAGACGUGGCCACAAUCAUGGAGGAUAAGACCCUGUGCCUGACCUGUGUCAUCUCUGGAGACCCUACCCCUGAAAUCUCUUGGCUGAAGAAUGACCAGCCUGUCACCUUCCAUGACCGCUACAAAAUGGAGGUGAGGGGAACAGAGGUCACCAUCACCAUUCAGAGAGUCAACAGUGAGGACAGCGGGCGCUAUGGUGUCUUCGUCAAGAACAAGUAUGGUUCUGAGACGGGCCAGGUCACCAUCAGUGUAUUCAAGCAUGGGGAAGAGCCCAAGGAGCUGGCGAAGAUGUGA